UACUUUGUACAUUGUCACCCAAAGUAACGUUCUUCUUCACUCUUCACUCUUCACUCUUCACUCUUCACCCCCUCUUUCUCUCUCUAAAACACUGUUCUAUAUUCCAGCUUUCAUCUGCGACUCUGCAGAUAUUGAUUUAUAAAGAAAAACUUCCUCUUUAAAUUGUAUAUAUAUCAAAAUUAUAAUUUUCAAGCCAUACAUACAUAGUUGAGUUUUAAUUUAAUGGAGGUGGCAGUAAUAGAUUGGAAAAGCAUUGAUUCAAGAUUUGUAAGAGAUGAGAUUUAUGAGAACAUCAAUGCCCCUCAGUGGGUCGAUUUCUCAGUUCCCAACGAUACCGUCGACGAUGAAUCCUGGUUCUGCAGACCUGGCUGUAAUCACCCCAAGACAGUUGAAGAUUUCUUCAAAGAUAAGGAGAGGACACCUACUUCGAAUUAUAGGCUUCAGAGAUCAGCCAGUGUAUCUGAGAUUCUUCCAUUUGAUGAUAAAAACAGAAGAGAUGCAACACUGAAGAAGAGAGGGAUGAAUCAACCAUUUACAUCACCAAACAUGAAAUAUAAUAGGAUUGUUGAAGAUAGUGAAAAUCAAAAUCCCAAUUUUUCGACCCCUCCAAAUCGCAAAGGUUAUAAGAUGAAAGAGGCGAUCAAAUCAAGCACGGAGAGGAAGAAAGAGACUGAUGAUAUCAUGACAAUGAAAAAUCAAGCACCGAGGCUGAAAAGUACUUUGUCAGCUCGGAAUUUGUUUUCUGGUGGCGAUCUACUGAACAAGGUUGCAGAGUUUUGCAAUGAGUUGAAGAAAUUGGCAACAAGGGGAAAGGAUGGUGCUGAAGAUGUGAAUGGGGGAAACGCAGAGAAGCAUUUGGUUGACCAUUCAAGAGAUUUGGAUGAUAAAGAAAAGGAAAGGAAGCCACUGCUUCAGUCAAGUCAAGUAAAAAGUGAAGCGACUGAGAAGAGCUACUCAAAGGAGAAGCAAAGAAGGAAAAAAAGAAAUGAUGAUGCAGAGAAUACUCCCAUUGCUGUGGAUGUGAAAAGCAUUAAGCACAAAGAGGAAGAAAGCUUGUUGCAAAUUCGGACUUCUCCUCCUACUCCACAAUGUUUCUCGGCCAGUCAUGGCCCUAACAAAGCCACGCCCAAAUCUUACAGGUCGAAACCACGGGAGAGAGGAAUUCUACAGGAGCUCAGACCGAUCAAUAAGGAGGAGAAAAGUGAUGAGCUCAGGCACAAGAAUCACCACAGAAGAGAUGUUGCUGCUGCUGUGGCUGAAAAGGAAGCAAGAACUUUGGAUGUUUUUUGGUUCUUAAAGCCUUGCACCAAUUCAAGUUAGUCAAGUAAAUUUUUGACAGUAUUCAUAGAGAUAUUCUUUCAUUUUUUAAUAAAUCUUGCCGUUACUUGUACAAUUAUUUUGUUUCAUCUUGAUCAUCCCUGUUCCUGAUUCAUUCUAUAGUUCGACGCAAAAUGCAAUAAAAAUUUAAUUGUUCUUGUACUUGAAACUAAUUUUCACUGAAUAAAAUCGAGUUCUUUCAUCUA